UGAGCAAAAUGACUACAACCAAGCGCAUACGCCUCACAUUGCUGGCCUGUGUGUGCAUGCUGCCCCGGUGUCACUCUGGCACGACGCAUAGCCCUCGCACGGAGAAGGUAUUUGCCAAGCUGAGAGCACUCUACGAUUGCACCAAGUUGGCACUUUUUGAAGCCGGUCACAAUGACACUGGAGCCAGGUGCAACCGGACGUUCGAUGGUUGGCACUGCUGGCCGCCGGCACAAGCGGGAGCCACAGCCUGGGCGCCGUGUCCGGACUUCCUUCCUGGAAAAGUGAAUUUUUCUGCGGCAGCGAAGUAUGACUGCCACUUCAAUGGUUCAUGGGUUGGCAACGCUGCUGACUACACAUCCUGCACCGACUCACCCACUGAAGCAUCCGAAGUGAUGCUCUUGCAGCGCAUUGCCGAAGAUUUAGGCGACGACAUGCCUUGGGAACGCAACCUGCACAGCGGUGAGGACGGGAUCGUAGAAGAGAAGAUCGGAAGCUUCAAGGACUGCCUCGAGAAUGUCCUCCUAAAACCGCUUCCUCAUUCAGUUUUCAACGAGUCCAUCUGUCCCAGGACGUGGGACGGCUGGAGCUGCUGGAACGACACGCUUCCUGGUAACACAGCGUACGCACCUUGCCCUCAAUUCGUGGCCGGAUUUGUACCGUACAGACAGGCGCACAAGGCGUGCACUUCUAACGGAACUUGGUUUCGUCAUCCCGUCACUGGCCAGGUCUGGUCCAACUACACGGCUUGCGUCGACACCCACGAUCUGCAGAACGGCAACUUGGUGAACUCGCUGUACGUCGUUGGAUAUGCAAUAUCAUUGGUGGCUCUGUCUUUGUCACUCAUCAUAUUUUUUUAUUUCAGUUCACUUCGUUGCAGGCGAAUAACUAUCCAUAAAAACUUGUUCACGUCGUUCAUUGUCAGCAACUUCUGCUGGGUACUUUGGUACAUUCAAGUCGUCGCAGGAGCACAUGUAAUCGAACUGAACCCGAACUGGUGCCAGGCCCUGCACGUGAUGACACAAUACUUCCUGCUCUGCAACUACUUGUGGAUGUUCUGCGAGGGUCUGUACCUGCACACGCUGUUGGUACUUGCGUUCGUCGACGAAGACAAAGCCAUCAAGUGGUUCGUGCUCAUAGGCUGGGGUUUUCCCUUACUUCCAACUAUCGCCUACGCAGUUGCACGUGGCUCAGAUUCAGACGCAUCGAGAAUGUGCUGGGUGGAGCAUGACGUGUGGUACACUUACAUACUAAGUGUCCCUGUGUGCUUUUCAAUGCUGCUCAGCUUUGCCUUCCUCGUGAACAUCCUGAGGGUUUUGGUAUCAAAACUAAGAGCUGUCAAUUCUCGGGACCGGGAGAGUGCUAGGAAAGCUGUGCGGGCCACGCUGAUUCUCCUGCCCCUCCUCGGCCUUCACUACGUUGUGACGCCAUUCCGCCCGGAGAAGGAUCGCAUCUGCCUCACGUACGAGAUCUUCUCGGCCCUCGUCACAUCUCUGCAAGGUCUUUGUGUCGCACUCCUGUAUUGCUUCUUUAAUGAAGAGGUUCUUGCAACUCUUCGCAAAGCGCUGUCGCAGACUCCAUGUGCCAGAAAGGAAUGGCGUCGUAUGUCCUUCGCCAACUCAACCAUCACUUUCCUGUCAAGAAGAGCGUCCGACGGCAAAGGCUUAUCGCCAGCACCUGGAAACUUUCAACAGUCCCUGCUGUGAAAGAAAUUAAAGGUGGAAAAAUAUACAGCUCAAUACUCGUUGUUAUC